CGCCAGAACGCACGCGCGGUGCGUGUUCCCGCCUUGUGACUAAGUUGGCGAGUCAGGGAGGAGAUUGAUGAUGUCAUCAUCGUCAGCUCACCCGCUCCAUGGCGGCUCGGCGUCGGGGCACUAGCAGCAGCGGGGCGCCAGCUUCUAUAGCAUCAAAUGAAACUCAAAGAGUUAAUAAUGGCAACACAGCUACAGAAGACCCUCCUGCCAAGAAAACUAGAAGAUGCCAGAGGCAGGAGGUGAAAAAGGAGCCUGUGGCUGGAGGAAAAGCUGAUAAGGGCAAAACAGAAGAUAAGCAAGAGUCUGUGAAGACCUUGCUGUUAAAGGGCAAAGCUCCCGUGGACCCAGAGUGCACCUCCAAGGUGGGGAAGGCCCAUGUUUAUUAUGAAGGGAAUGAUGUGUACGAUGUCAUGCUAAAUCAGACCAAUCUCCAGUUCAACAACAACAAGUACUAUCUGAUUCAGCUAUUGGAAGAUGAUGCCCAGAGAAACUUCAGUGUCUGGAUGAGAUGGGGCCGAGUUGGAAAAAUGGGGCAGCACAAGUUGCUGCCUUGUUCAGGGGACCUCAACAAAGCCAAGGAAUUCUUUCAGAAAAAAUUCCUUGACAAAACAAAAAACAAUUGGGAGGAUCGUGAGAAGUUUGAGAAGGUUCCUGGGAAAUACGAUAUGCUGCAAAUGGACUACACCACCAAUACUCAGAAUGAAGAGGAAACAAAAAAAGAGGAAUCUCUUAAAUCCUCCUUGAAACCAGAAUCACAGCUAGAUCUUUGUGUACAGGAGCUGAUAAAGUUGAUCUGUAAUGUCCAGGCCAUGGAAGAGAUGAUGAUAGAAAUGAAGUAUGAUACAAAGAAAGCUCCACUUGGGAAGCUGACAGUGGCACAAAUCAAGGCAGGUUACCAGUCUCUUCAGAAGAUUGAGGAUUGUAUUAAGGCUGGCCAGCAUGGACGAGCUCUGUUGGAAGCGUGCAAUGAAUUCUACACCAGGAUCCCACAUGACUUCGGACUCCGUACCCCUCCAUUAAUCCGGACAGAGAAAGAACUGUCAGACAAAAUACAACUGCUAGAGGCUUUGGGAGACAUUGAAAUUGCCAUGAAGCUGGUGAAGACCGAGCUGCAAAGCCCAGAACACCCAUUGGACCAACACUAUAGAAAACUGCAUUGUGCCUUGCGCCCUUUAGACCAUGAAAGUUAUGAGUUCAAAGUGAUUUCCCAAUACCUGCAGUCUACCCAUGCUCCCACACACAGUGACUAUACCAUGACUUUGCUGGAUGUUUUUGAAGUAGAGAAGGAGGGUGAGAAAGAAGCCUUCAGAGAGGACUUGCCUAACAGGAUGCUGCUAUGGCACGGUUCCAGGCUGAGUAACUGGGUGGGAAUCCUGAGCCAUGGGCUUCGAAUUGCACCACCUGAGGCUCCCAUCACAGGUUACAUGUUUGGAAAAGGAAUCUACUUUGCUGACAUGUCUUCCAAGAGUGCCAAUUAUUGCUUUGCCUCUCGCCUAAAGGAUACUGGAUUACUGCUCUUAUCAGAGGUAGCUCUUGGUCAGUGUAAUGAGUUACUAGAGGCCAAUCCAGAGGCAGAAGGAUUACUUCAGGGCAAACACAGCACCAAGGGGCUGGGCAAGAUGGCUCCCAAUCCUGCAAGCUCCAUCACCUUGAAUGGGAGUACAGUGCCCUUAGGACCAGCACAUGACACAGGGACUCUGAAUCCAGAGGGUUAUACCCUCAACUACAAUGAAUUUAUCGUCUAUAAUCCCAACCAGGUCCGUAUGCGAUACCUUCUAAAGGUUCGAUUUAAUUUUCUGCAACUCUGGUAAUGUUGAUAUUAAAUAAACCAAAAGAGAUAUGAUCUUCAAGCAAGAAAAUAGUGUUGUACUUUUGAAUUUUCUCAUUUUAUGUAAUAAAAAUAGUACAGAUCUAC